CCCUGGGCACCGCAGACAUCUUCAAGUCCCCCCUGAUCAUCUUUGUGAUGGGCGGGCCCGGCUGUGGCAAAGGGACACAGUGCAAAAACAUGGCGACUAAGUAUGGCUUCUUCCAUGUGGGGCUGGGCCAGUUGCUGCGGCAGGAGGCCCAAUGCAGUACUCAGUGGGGCCGGAAGAUUCGUGAAAUCAUGCUACAGGGGCUCCCGGUGCCCGCGGGUAUCAUCCUAGAUAUGAUCAAUGACAACAUGCUGUCCUGCCCGGAGAGCCAGGGCUUCCUCAUCGAUGGCUUCCCUCGGGAGCUGAUUCAGGCCAAGGAGUUUGAGCACAUUUCCUUGAGGACCGACUCUGAACUGGGGUGUUCAUGA